UUAGGCUUAUAUAAUACAUUCAGGGAUAAAUGCUCCAACUAUAAAGCUGGAGCGUGACUAGGAGUCACGAAAUAAGUAGAGUAAACGGUUGGACAUGAGAUUUUAUUUAAGUACAUUAUGAUCCUAUGGACCUAGAAACUUGACUCUGAACUUUUGUUUAUUAUAUCUAUUAAAAGAAAAAUAUUCGUUUUAGAAAAAUAUCCUAAUUACAGAUAUUUUAUAUAGGUGAAUCUGAUGGACGAAUAAUAGGUGGUCAUGAAGCAAAAAUGCACAGUCAUCCAUACAUGGUAUCUUUACAAUUAAAUUUUUGGUUCCUACGUACCCACAUAUGCGGUGGGUCGUUGAUUAGUGACAACUGGAUCAUAACAGCUAGUCACUGUAUAACAGGAUCAUGGUUGAUAGAUUGGUUGAACAUAGACGCCGUAGCAGGAACACACGAUGUGGAUUUUCAUGAGCCUGGUACACAAAUAAUCAGGAUUGUCCAACGUACACCGCAUCCGGAUUAUGCAGGAGGCGUCGGACCACAUGAUAUAGGUUUAUUAAAAACUCAAUAUUCAUUUACAUUAUCAAAGCAAAUACAACCUAUCAGGUUACCAGAAACGUUUAAUGUGAACGAUAAAAUAGCUCUGGCAGGAUGGGGUGUAUACACUACGAUUUUAUUUUUACCAAUACUGCCUAAUAAAUUGCAAGAAGUCAUAAUGGAAUAUCUACCUUAUGAAGAGUGUUACAACGCUUUAGAAAAAAUAAUCGAAGAAACCGGUGAAAGCAAUGCUCUUGUGAAGAAUAGUAAUCUAUGUACUGGUCCAAUAUCAGGAGGUGUUGCAGCAUGCAGCGGAGAUUCUGGAGGGCCAUUAGUACAAUACGUGACAAAGAUUACAAAAAACAAUAACUCACUAGAACUAUUUGACAAAAACGUUAAUAACUUAGAUUACGAAGACUUUCGAAAUUACCGUAAUUUGAAUGAAGAAACAUAUUAUCCUGUUUUAAUAGGUAUCACAUCUUGGGGAAUAAGUCCUUGUGGAGAAGCAGGCGCACCUACGGUUUAUACAAAUGUGUCAAAUUAUAUCGGAUUUAUUAAUAACAUAACGCAAUUAAGUACAACAUAGGGUAAUAAAAAUAUUUUAAACGCAAAAGUUCGUUUAUUUUUAAAUUUAAUAACUUAAUAAAUCACAUUUUUUAUUAUACAUAUAAAUCUUAAUAUUAUAUACUACCUAUGAGAUAUAUUUACUUCGAUGUGUAUCUACAAUUUAUUUCAUGUAAUAAUUCCCUUAUAAUAGGGUAAGG